AUGGAUUUUUCCGGGCUUAUUCCCUACGGCACGGUUCGAAGACGUGGCGCCAGCGUCACGCUGGCAGCGUGGGUUGAGCUGGCAGUGGAGGCUUCAUUUUCAAAGAUGCUCGCUGGACCAAGAACUACUACGAUGCCUCCUCCUCGACUUCAAGUGUUAAGCCACCGCAACAUGAUGAAUACUGCGAGCGCUGAGGAAACGCGCGGCCUGGGGAGCCGCCGCCGCUCCGCUCUGCAGACGAGCGCCAAGUUGGACGUCGUCGCCGAGGCUUGCUGUCGCCGGCAGCAGUGAGCGCAGAGCCUCAAGCCUCGCCCACGCGCUUCGCAAGUACUAAAGGAAGCAGCAAGUCUCCUCGAUGACAAGAGGAAAUAAAACAAGUGUCUUCUCCCACCGGAAGGCGCAUAGUGUAUUGGUCGGUGGGUCGAUCGCCGGGCGGCCGGCGCUCUUCGUGGGGGCUCCCCCCUCCUUUUAGACAGCCCAGAAUGACGGAAUUCUGACUCCAGUCUCCGCGAGUGAUAUGCCGCCUCCUAAUCAGCAGAACGCCCUCUCCACCCAACUUGGUUUCUCCAAAUAUUUAAAUCAGCUUCGACGAUCUCCAGUUUGUUUGCAUGCACGCCGCGAGAGCCACUCGACAACACCCCUCCCUGGCUGAGGGUGCCGCAAGAGCAAAAGGCUUGCGACCGGAAGGAGCGGACUCGCAGUGCGCGCACUUACUAGAUACCGACGAAAGCAUCCAUAAACAUGUUCCCCCAACUAAGACUUACAAAUCCUUAAUAGUACUACGUAGUAAAAACUACAGUAGUUUCA